CUGCGAACCGUCGAACCGGGCGCUUAUUGUUCAGUACUGCUGGCACGCGUACAAGCCCGAGAGCAUCUCACAAACAGGAGAGCACAUUGGCAGACUGCCGCCAAAGCCGGCGCAUAGCUCGGCAUAACAGCAUGGGAGACUCUGACGAGUUAGCAGUCCUAAUCCUCUCCGGCUGGUCCGACGGCCCGCUGCCCGCCCUCGAACACUCCCUCCGCCAGCGCGGCCUGCGAUGCGUGCGCGUGCCGCUGCCGAUGCCGCCGUGUGGCGUGUAUUGGUGCGCGAAUCCGUUUCUGUUAUUGCUCGCCGGCGUCGUCUGGCUCGCAAUCUACGCAUGGAACGAAUGCACGCUCGAGCCCUUCGUCGUCUUCGCCAUCUUAAUCAUCGCGGCAACCCUCGUGGCCGCGCGGCUCUGCGUCGCCGGCGUCGUCCGGUUCGCGGAGUGUCACGGCGCGGCCAACGCGAAGCGCCUGCUCGCGCGCCAUCGCGUGGCCCUGGUCGUCGGCUUCAGCUGGGGCGGCGGCAUCGCGCAUCGGUUGCUGGCGUCGCGGGGCUGGCGAGGGCCGACGCUGCUGUUGGCCCCGACGACGGUGGCGAUGGCUCGCUGCGCGCUGCGCUCGCCGCAGCGCCUCGACGAAGCGCGCGUGAGGGUCGUCCUCGCGAGCGACGACGGCUUCGUUCCGCGCCCCGCGACGGAGAGUCUCUACGAGGCCGUCGCGGUCGUCCACGAUGAUCACCCCCUCUGCGGGCGAGCCGCUAGGGACGCCAUCGCGGGCGCUUCCGCGGAGCUGCUGUCCGAGCCGGUAAAUUUUGUUAGUUAA